AUGGGUAUUGACACUUCAGUUACUGUGGGUGCUGUUACAUCAAACACCAUAGACAUCAGCUGGACACCUGUCCCUGGUACCAAUAUCUAUCAAAUCAUAUACACUAGACCAGACGGGCAACAGCAACUGGGGCAGGUUUUUCAUCCCACCACUGAUUUCACCCUUACUGGACUUACUCCUGCAUCUCAGUAUGACUUCACUGUAAGGGCAUUUAACACUGAUACUGGACAACAGACAGAUAUUGGCACUGCUACUGUAACUACAGGUUUGGAUACGACGGUAACAUUGGAUUCAGUUACAGAGAACACGGUUACACUUUCCUGGACGGCGAUAGAUGGUAGUACUUUUUACCAGGUUUUAUAUAGGCCUACUGGCUCUACUCAACCGGAAGAACAAAUAUUAGUUCCUAAUGGACCACAAAACAGCCAAACCACACUAACUGGACUCACACCAGCUACAAUGUAUGAUAUUCGAGUUGUGGCUUUCCCGGGAGGUGCACCAUUGGAAGUUGGAAGCAUCACGCCAACAACAGGUAUUCUGAAUGAGGUUAUGGUGGAUUCGGUGACACCAAACACGAUAGCUCUCAGCUGGACAAAUUUGCCAGACAACAUAAAUUAUGAGAUAACCUACACUGCACCAGAUGGAACACAACGAAUGGUUUCGUCUGGCACCAGCCCCAACAUCAUCCUUACUGGACUUACUCCUGACACUCAGUAUGACAUCUCAGUACGUUCAACAUCUAACCAAGGACAGCAAUCAGCCGUUGGUACCACUACCGCUACUACAGUUCCAACACAAGUUUCAAUAACUGAAACAACUCCAAAUUCAAUCAGCGCAGGUUGGACAGAGAUAACAAAUGCCUUGACAUACCGCAUAGACUUUGUCAGUGCUGAUGGCCUCCACACUGGAUCUAUCAAUUCACCUGUACCGCCGGCAGUUAUUGAUAGUCUGCAACCAGGUACAACGUACACAAUAACUGUUCUUGGUACUACAGUGGACGGACAGACCAUCCCAAUUGGUUCAGCUUCUGCUACAACAGGUAUUGGCACAUCAGUUAAUUUGGGCCCAGUUACAUCAAGCACAAUUGCCCUGGACUGGACCCCUAUCCCCAAUACCAAUACUUAUCAGGUAAUUUACACUGGACCAGAUGGGCAAGCGCUGCAAGAUUUUCCGACCACCCCUGACACCAUCCUUACUGGACUAAAUCCUGUAUCUCAGUAUGACAUCACAGUGAGGGCUAUUACUAACAGUGGACAACUGGUAGAUGUUGGCACUACAACUGCCACUACAGGUAUUGACACUUCAGUUACUGUGGGUGCUGUUACACCAAACACCGUAGACAUAAGCUGGACACCUGUCCCUGGUACCAAUAUCUAUCAGAUAAUAUACACUGGACCAGACGGGCAACAGCAACUGGGGCAGGUUCUUCAUCCCACCACUGAUUUCACCCUUACUGGACUUACUCCUGCAUCUCAAUAUGAUAUCACUGUAAGGGCAUUUAACACUGAUACUGGACAACAGACAGAUAUUGACACUGCUACUGCAACUACAGGUAUUCUGAAUGAGGUUAUGGUGGAUUCGGUGACACCAAACACGAUAGCUCUCAGCUGGACAAAUUUGCCAGACAACAUAAAUUAUGAGAUAACCUACACUGCACCAGAUGGAACACAACGAAUGGUUUCGUCUGGCACCAGCCCCAACAUCAUCCUUACUGGACUUACUCCUGACACUCAGUAUGACAUCUCAGUACGUUCAACAUCUAACCAAGGACAGCAAUCAGCCGUUGGUACCACUACCGCUACUACAGUUCCAACACAAGUUUCAAUAACUGAACCAACUCCAAAUUCAAUCAGCGCAGGUUGGACAGAGAUAACAAAUGCCUUGACAUACCGCAUAGACUUUGUCAGUGCUGAUGGCCUCCACACUGGAUCUAUCAAUUCACCUGUACCGCCGGCAGUUAUUGAUAGUCUGCAACCAGGUACAACGUACACAAUAACUGUUCUUGGUACUACAGUGGACGGACAGACCAUCCCAAUUGGUUCAGCUUCUGCUACAACAGGUAUUGGCACAUCAGUUAAUUUGGGCCCAGUUACAUCAAGCACAAUUGCCCUGGACUGGACCCCUAUCCCCAAUACCAAUACUUAUCAGGUAAUUUACACUGGACCAGAUGGGCAAGCGCUGCAAGAUUUUCCGACCACCCCUGACACCAUCCUUACUGGACUAAAUCCUGUAUCUCAGUAUGACAUCACAGUGAGGGCUAUUACUAACAGUGGACAACUGGUAGAUGUUGGCACUACAACUGCCACUACAGGUAUUGACACUUCAGUUACUGUGGGUGCUGUUACACCAAACACCGUAGACAUAAGCUGGACACCUGUCCCUGGUACCAAUAUCUAUCAGAUAAUAUACACUGGACCAGACGGGCAACAGCAACUGGGGCAGGUUCUUCAUCCCACCACUGAUUUCACCCUUACUGGACUUACUCCUGCAUCUCAAUAUGAUAUCACUGUAAGGGCAUUUAACACUGAUACUGGACAACAGACAGAUAUUGACACUGCUACUGCAACUACAGGUAUUCUGAAUGAGGUUAUGGUGGAUUCGGUGACACCAAACACGAUAGCUCUCAGCUGGACAAAUUUGCCAGACAACAUAAAUUAUGAGAUAACCUACACUGCACCAGAUGGAACACAACGAAUGGUUUCGUCUGGCACCAGCCCCAACAUCAUCCUUACUGGACUUACUCCUGACACUCAGUAUGACAUCUCAGUACGUUCAACAUCUAACCAAGGACAGCAAUCAGCCGUUGGUACCACUACCGCUACUACAGUUCCAACACAAGUUUCAAUAACUGAAACAACUCCAAAUUCAAUCAGCGCAGGUUGGACAGAGAUAACAAAUGCCUUGACAUACCGCAUAGACUUUGUCAGUGCUGAUGGCCUCCACACUGGAUCUAUCAAUUCACCUGUACCGCCGGCAGUUAUUGAUAGUCUGCAACCAGGUACAACGUACACAAUAACUGUUCUUGGUACUACAGUGGACGGACAGACCAUCCCAAUUGGUUCAGCUUCUGCUACAACAGGUAUUGGCACAUCAGUUAAUUUGGGCCCAGUUACAUCAAGCACAAUUGCCCUGGACUGGACCCCUAUCCCCAAUACCAAUACUUAUCAGGUAAUUUACACUGGACCAGAUGGGCAAGCGCUGCAAGAUUUUCCGACCACCCCUGACACCAUCCUUACUGGACUAAAUCCUGUAUCUCAGUAUGACAUCACAGUGAGGGCUAUUACUAACAGUGGACAACUGGUAGAUGUUGGCACUACAACUGCCACUACAGGUAUUGACACUUCAGUUACUGUGGGUGCUGUUACACCAAACACCGUAGACAUAAGCUGGACACCUGUCCCUGGUACCAAUAUCUAUCAGAUAAUAUACACUGGACCAGACGGGCAACAGCAACUGGGGCAGGUUCUUCAUCCCACCACUGAUUUCACCCUUACUGGACUUACUCCUGCAUCUCAAUAUGAUAUCACUGUAAGGGCAUUUAACACUGAUACUGGACAACAGACAGAUAUUGACACUGCUACUGCAACUACAGAUACACUGCUUAAUCUUGUCACCAGUGCUCAAAACAUCCAAACGACAAGCUUCGACAUCAUGUGGGAAGACAGACCCGAAUUCACCUAUACUAGCUACAUUGCAGCAGUCAGUGAAGUAGGGGGUACUUUUUCAGUACAACUUCCAGCCACUGCGAAUCGUGAUGGUAGAAAUAUAGUGGUUACUGCCAUGGGCCUUACACCCGGCACAGAAUACGAUGUUAACAUCCAAGGUGUGACCAGUACUGGAGUGCGUGAGGAUCAAGGCAAUUUAGAUGUUUUCACAAGACCAAAUCCACCUAUCAAUGGUCGCUUCACUGAGAUAAAUGGAGUGACGGUACUGCUUGAGUGGAAUCCACCUGCUGAUGGGAGAAUAGAUGGGUAUAUAGUGAUACAUGGUGCAGAAACCCAGGAUCCAACUACUUUGGCACAGGCUAUUAUCCCAGUUGGUCAGACGGCGUACGCCAUCUCAGGACUCAAUCCUAUCAUACCCUCUACCAUAGGACUGGUAUCAUAUCGGAAUUCAACUGAUACAUUUAGUGAUUUUGCCGAGCUACUUCAGCAACAAAAUUCUAACUUUGAAAUAAAUAGAGGUGAUAACCAAUGCGCAAGUAGACCAUGUAGGAAUGAUGGACAGUGUUUUGGUGUAUCAGGAGGCAGAUUCAGAUGUGAAUGCAUCAAUGGUUUCAGUGGUACUACCUGUGAAGUAAACACGGAUGAAUGUAGCAGCUUUCCUUGUCUAAAUGGAGGAACCUGCACUGAUCUUCAAAAUGGUUAUAUAUGUCGCUGCCUUGCAGGAAUAACUGGCACAAACUGUGAGAUAAGACCCCAGCCAUGUGCAAACAAUCCUUGUUUAAAUGGUGCGACCUGUGUGGAAGUAUUUACAACCUUUACAUGCUCUUGUCUUGCUGGCUUUACUGGCACGUUGUGUGAAACAAAAUUGGACGCAUGUAACCCACCACCUUGUCAGAAUGGAGGAACAUGUACCAAUCUUUUCCCAUCAUUCCAGUGUGUUUGCCCCGCUGGCUUCACUGGAACAAACUGUGAAACAAGUAAGAUAUUUCUUUAA